GCCGGCGGCCGGCGGGGCCUGUGCGCAGGCGCGCCCGCUGUUGGUGUUAUGGCCCAGAUGGAGACGGAUUCCGGGGCCUGAGGCCAGGAGAGUCGCUCCGUCAGCCCGUGUCCACGACGCCAGCUUCACUGCGGCUCCCGAGGGGCGGGGCAGGCUGUCUCCGGCGCUCAGACGACAGAUGGCAACAGAGUGGCGUGCCGGCCGGCAACUGAAUGCCAAUAAAUCUGUGUUGUGUUAAAGACAUCUGGACGAAAGUGACCCUCAAGGAAGGACUCGUCUGAUUUCAGCAGUCAAGCGGAGGAUUCCAGUCCUGGCUCAAUAACUGCUCACCCACACUAGGAUGGGACCAAAUGAUAUACUGUUACCAUUGACACACUCCAUCAGCAGAACAAUUUUACUUCCCUUUUACUGGGGGCAAGUUGAUUGCUCACUAGACCUGAAGAUGGAAACGUCUCAAGUGGGUUCUCAGACCAGCACCGUAAGCCCACAGCCCCUGCAGCCUGCUAUACCGCCCUCCGUGACUCUGGGACUGACUACUGUUUACACUGCACUUUACGGACUCCUUUUCCUCCUGGUCUACGUCCAGCUGUGGCUGGUUUUACACUACAAACACAAGAAGUUCAGCUACCAGACGGUCUUCCUCCUCUUGUGCCUCCUGUGGGCUGCCCUGAGGACAACGCUGUUCUCCUUCUACUUCAGGGACAUUAUCAAAGCCAACUCUCUGGGCCCCUUCUCCUUCUGGUUACUGUACUGCUUCCCAGUGUGCCUGCAGUUCUUCACCCUCAGCCUCAUGAACACGUACUUUGCUCAGGUGGUUUUCAAGACGAAAGCUAAGUACUUCCCCGAAAUGGCCAAGAAGCUGCUCCCAAUACGACUAGCUUUCCUGGUGGCAAGCCUGGUAUUUCUGACGGUGAACCUAACUUGUGCCUUGCUCGUGAAGAUUCAGCACGAGGAGACCAAAGCCAUCGUCCUGGUACGGGUAAUCAUCAACGACUCCCUCUUUGUCGUCUGCGCCGUCACGCUGGCAACAUGCCUCUACGUCAUCGCUAAAACAUCACCUUCAACCAACAUCUACCUGGAAUCCAAGGGAACAUCAGUGUACCAGACCACAGCUGUAGGGGUAUUAGUUAUCCUGCUCUAUGCAAGCAGAGCCUGUUACAAUCUGUUUGCCGUCAUGCGUUCCCCUGCCACUCACGUGGACACCUUUGAUUAUGGCUGGUACAAUGUUUCUGACCAGGCUGAUCUCGUGUCCAAUCUAGGGGACAAAGGCUACCUGGUGUUUGGCUGCAUCCUCUUUUUCUGGGAGCUGCUGCCAACGGCCGUGCUGGUCUUGUUCUUCCGCGUCCGAAGACCGACCCAGGACCUGGCUGGCUCCGGAAUAAUAAGCGGUCGGAGCGUUGCACCCUGCUCGUAUUUCUUUGACAAUCCCCGUCAGUUUGAAGGCGAUGAUGCUGUCUGGGCCCCAGGGUCACAGAGCGAACAGGGCAGCUGGGACUGCUGUCUGAUGCUAAGCGUGGCAGCCAAGCGUAUUAUUUCACCGGGCUUUUACUGGCCGCCAAAGAAGAGAGAGGACCAUAUGGCACACAGCACCGUGACGCGGAUGCUUCUGAGCAGGCAGUCUCAGCUGUGACUGAGUAGCUGCCAUCAGUUGCCAAAGCAGGGGAUGCAGUGGAGGACCGAGCAGCUUGGCCAUUUUCUCCCACCCCCAUCGAGUCUGGUUGAUUUGCUUCUUCCUCCAAUGUUGAAGGCACUGGGCUGUACAUGAAGUAAACAAAAAAGCUCGGAAGACCCAGCAGGUCAGGCAGCAUCUGUGGAAAGAUGAACACUCGAACCUCAGACGAGACACCAUCCUCGCAAUUGAGGAAACGUUAUUAUUCUCCUCCUCUUCCCGCAGGUGUGCCUGACCGUCUGAGUUUCCAUCAUUUUAUAGUUUUAUUCCAGCAUUUAGCUGUUGUUAUUUCUCAAAGUGAGGAGGUUGAGUUGCACUGGGUAUGAAAACAGCUAUUGUUAGCUUUAGUAGGAGCCGCUUAUCUGGCUUGUAAUGGACUGGAAAGUCGACUUCCCCUCUCGCCCCGUUUCUUCCCCUACCGUUGCAUCUAAAUUCACCUUCCACAAAGUUUGCAGUUGUUCUCACCGGAGUGCUGGAGUCCACCUGGGUGUUGGUCAUGGUCCUGUGGGUUUUAUCUGCUGAGCAGUCAUGUGACAAUGCGGUGGGUUAGCGGGUCACGCGACAAUGCAGUGGGUCAGCGGGCCACGUGGCAAAACUCCGAUACUGCAGAUAUGGUAGAGUGAAAGCAGAGAAAAGUUAGAAGUGCCAAGAUGUGCUGGGUGGUUUCUGUGUAAAGCUGGGUCAGGUAGUUAAUGGUGCCCGUUGACUUUCCAUCUGAGCUGCACCAUUCGGUGCCGAGCCACUUAACCAGUGCAUUUCAGGAGCCAAAACACCACGAACGACCAAAAUAAAAGCAGUUUUCUGAACUGCGUGGGCACUAGGUUACAGAGAGCUCAAAGUUAAAGUCUGGGGUGGGAGCGGUGAGGGAGCUAGACGACCCUGGGGAAGAUGGGCGCUUGCUUGAUUGGCGCCACGUCUUUCCGCAAGGUCCGAAGGACGCGGUGGGUGAGGUCUGAUGUCCGCACAACUGCGGUGGCAGUGAAACAUGAGCCUGGUGUAAAGUGGGUGUCGACGCUGCUGGUUGUGUGGAUUCGAUUGUCCUGCACUUGCCUAUUCCACCUCCACCUCCACCUCCUCGCGCGCGCGCACCCCACAUCAGUCAGACUCACCAGAUCGUAGAAGACACCAGACAUUAAGUUCCUGUUUUUUGUCUCACUAGGACGGGGUGGGGACGAGGAAAGUUAGAGCUAAGUUUCUUUUUACAGUACUAGCUGAGAUUAUGUCAACUCUGUACUGGAUAGGAAUAAACCUGGAGCCUUUGCUGUCACUGUGGCACCUUCUCCCCAUUACAGAAGGACUACCACGUUAAAGCCAUGAAGCAAGAUUGGAUUGUGGGGGGGGGGGGGGGGGGGGAGGGUGGUGAAUAGGAGCUGACGGCCCAAAAGAUGACCUGACAUAGAAUUGAAGCAGGUUUUCGCGUGGAAAAAAUCUUUUCAUGUAGUCCAACACUGCAAGCCUUUUCAAGUGGAGGCACUGCAUACUGAGCCUGCCAAAUCUUUACAGAUAUACUGUACUUUCUAAGUCAUGCCCAGCUUUAGGACCAACAACUGAAGACUUUUUUGCUGUUUUUCACUCCAUAUAAUGACAUUUGCACUUGCUGCUCUCACAGAAAUUUGACAUGAAAGGGGUUGUGUUUGAAUGGAGCAGCUGAUCCUGCUAUUUAUCCUAAAUGUUUACUUUCUAUAGAAUAUCUUGUUCCUGUCGCUGCCUGACUAGGCAGCUGAGUUUCUCCAGAAGUGAAAUGUGGAUUAUGACGACACGAAUGUGCUGUCCACUCUCUGACUACAGAGCUCACAUUCGCCCCCUGCCCCCCACCCGACUGUGACUGUCAGACAAGACAUGUGUGCGUGGCUGGCGAUUGAGACCAAGGAACUUAAUUAUUGAAAGUUCUGCCUGGCUGACAUGAGAUGGCAUGGCACGGGUUAGGCAUCGCGCAUGGGGCAUUCGCAAUUUUAAAAUGCCUGCACUUUUUUUGCCAUCUUGGGUUUCUCAACACUCCCAGAGACCUGUCUUGAGCUCCUCAUAAUGAGGGGCUAACUUUUUUUUAACCUUUAUGUAACUUUCCCUCGUAGCCCCUUGAUGAGUUUCUUCGUUGGGGUGCCGGCAGUAGCUGAGACGGCCUACAGUGAUGUGGCCUACUUGCCCCAGUGGCACUGUGAGUCGGAAUAAAGCACUGAGUUUAUUGCUCCCUUUCAUUUUGUAUCCAAGUGUGUAUAAUAUAUACGAAUUCUUUUGAUAACCUGUUCAAGCAGUUUAAAAUUGAUACUGGUUACUGAAUUAUAACUCAUGGAAGGUAUUUUAAUAAAAAUUUUUGCCAAUA